AUGUCGACUCCUGGUUUGAAACGGGCGCGCCAUCCACACCCUGUGGAUAGUGUCGCCACCACACGUGUCACAACCCUCGUACCUUACUACCUGGCAGAAGCGUUCCGUUACAAGUUGGCGCCACCCCCACCCGUGUGCCCGAGUGGUCUAAGGGGGUAG